CCGCCCCGCCCCACCGGAGGGCGCCCCGAGCUCGGAGCGAGAGGCUGGGCCGCAGCCGGAAACCGGCCCCGCGCGGAGACCGGGACCCGGACCCAGAGCCGCAGCCGGAAACCCGCCAUGGCCGGCCCGCGGGGCGCGCUGCUGGCCUGGUGCCGCCGCCAGUGCGAGGGCUACGGUGGCGUGGAGAUCCGCGACCUGAGCAGCUCCUUCCGGGACGGCCUGGCCUUCUGCGCCAUCCUGCACCGGCACCGACCCGACCUGCUAGACUUUGAUUCCCUCUCCAAGGACAAUGUCUUUGAGAAUAACCGUCUGGCCUUUGAAGUCGCUGAAAAGGAACUGGGAAUCCCUGCCCUCCUGGACCCCAAUGACAUGGUCUCCAUGAGUGUCCCUGACUGCCUCAGCAUCAUGACCUAUGUGUCCCAGUACUACCACCACUUCACCAGCCCCAGCUACGCUGGCAUCUCAACAUCCAGGAAGGACCUGGUCACCUCAUCCCCACCAUCGGCAGCGCCCUCCCCAGCUGAACCAGAUGACACUCAGAGCGAGGAGCUGUCCUCAGGUAGCCUGUCCGAGCGGGGUGCCCAGCAGGCCCCCAGCAGCACGUGUGCAGCCUGCCAGCAACAUGUGCACCUGGUGCAGCGGUACCUGGCCGAGGGCAGGCUGUACCACCGCCACUGCUUCCGGUGUCGGCAGUGCUCCAGCACCCUGCUCCCUGGAGCCUACAAGAGCGGGCCGGAAACGGGAACCUUUGUGUGUGCUGAACGUUGUACCAGGCUGGGCCCAGGGGGACAGGCGGGAGCCAGGCCUGUGCCUCCCUCACAGCCAAAGUCCCAGCAACUUGCAGAAGCAGCCAGGGAUGGCGAGGGUGGCAGCCCCAGCCCCAGUGUGGCCGCAGGACACAAGGCCAUCUCUGAGGCCCGGCCACAUGUUCCCACAAAGCCCCCACUUCCAGGAAAGCCCCAGGAGCUGAGCAGCCCCAUCUCUGGCCGGCCCACACCUGCCCCCAGGAAGGCCUCCGAUGGCAUGGCCCUGACACCCCCCACACCACGGCCCCGGUGCAGCCUGCAGCAGGACAGCACAGCAGAGCAAGGUGGCAGUGGUGGCCUCGUGAAUGGAAGACUCCAGGAACCCCCUGUCCCCAAGCCCAGAGGGACACCCAAGCUGUCAGAGAGGACACCACCCCCCAGGAAGGAGCCCCCGUGGAUAGCGCUGGUGCAGGCAGAGCACAAGAAGAAGCCAGCCCCGCUGCCCCCCAGCAGCCCCAAGCCGCCUAGCCGGGCCAGCAGGCAGGUGGAGAAUGGUGGAGUGGAGGAAGUACCCCUGCGCAGCCCAGCAGCUGGGGCCUCCUGGGAGCCCAAGCCCUACAACCCCUUUGAAGAGGAGGAGGAAGAGGCAGAGGAGCCAUCCCCAGCAGCACCCAGCCCGGCCCCUAGUCCUGCCCAGGCGCCCCCAGAGAGCACCCCCAAGUCCUUGCACCCCUGGUAUGGCAUCACACCCACCAGCAGCCCCAAGACGAAGAAGCGCCCUGCUCCUCGUGUGCCCAGCGCGUCCCCGCUUGCUCUCCACACCUCCCGCCUCUCACACUCCGAGCCCCCCUCGGCCACGCCGUCGCCAGCACUCAGUGUAGAGAGCCUGGCGUCUGAGAGCUGCAGCCAGACAGCAGCUGGAGCUCUUCUGGAGCCUCCAGCCGUGCCCAAGAGCUCCUCGGAGCCUGCUGUCCAUGCCCCUGGCACCCCUGGCACUCCUGGGAACUCGGCCAGCCUCUCUGCUCACUCCUCCCUGUCCUCCUCUGGGGAGCUGGUACAGCCCAGCAUGGAGCAGACGCCUCAGGUCAGGACAAGAGGCAGCCCAGCUCCCCAGCCGGUUAAGCUCUGCAGUGGUGCCGCCCCUACACCUCUCCUGUUGGUUGGCGACAAGAGCCCUGCUCCGUCCCCUGGAAGCUCAUCCCCGCAGCUGCAGGUAAAGUCUUCCUGCAAGGAGAAUCCUUUUAACCGAAAGCCAUCGCCUGCAGCGUCUCCAACUGUAAAGAAGGCCACCAAGGGACCCAAGCCAGUGAGGCCACCUGCCCCAGGACAUGGCUUUCCACUCAUCAAACGCAAGGUCCAGGCAGACCAGUAUGUCCCUGAGGAGGACAUCUAUGGAGAGAUGGAUGCCAUUGAGCGCCAGCUGGAUGUGUUGGAACACCGCGGGGUCCUGCUGGAAGAGAAGCUUCGAGGCGGGGCCAAUGAGGGCUGCGAGGACGACCUGCUGGUGGACUGGUUUAAGCUCAUCCAUGAGAAGCACCUGCUGGUGCGGCGUGAGUCGGAGCUCAUCUACAUCUUCAAGCAGCAGAACCUGGAGCAGCGCCAGGCUGACGUCGAGUACGAGCUCCGGUGCCUUCUCAACAAGCCAGAAAAAGACUGGACUGAGGAGGACAAGAGCCGGGAGAAGGUGCUGAUGCAGGAGUUCAUGACCCUCAUUGAGCAGCGCAAUGCCAUCGUCAACUGCCUGGAUGAAGACCGACAGAGGGAGGAAGAGGAAGACAAGAUGUUGGAAGCCAUGAUCAGGAGGAAGGAGUUCCAGAAGGAGGCUGAACCCGAGGGCAAGAAGAAGGGGAAGUUCAAGACUAUGAAGAUGCUGAAGAUGUUGGGAAAUAAGCGUGAUACCAAGAGCAAGUCCCCUGGGGACAAGAGCUGACGGCGAGGGAAGCCACUGGGACUGCCCCCUCUUGGGUCUUAUGGGUCAGGGGAGCCCUCUGCUACCCUUGGAUCCACCAAAGGCUGAGGCAACUUAAUGGCAGGGAGCCUCCAGGUGACCUCUCCCAUCUCAGGUCUCAGCCUGCCCUGUCAGGUUCUGACGUCUCCACAUGUUUGGUGGGACUCAAAGAGCAGGGACCAGGGGCCAAGGAGAGUAGUGGUGGAGCCUGAGCACCUGCUUAUCCUGCCUAGUCCCUGACCUGGCAGGGAAGCUCCAUGGCUGCUCUCCCUGCUGAACACACCGGCCAGGACUGCCUGACACCCAGUGCCUCUGUAGGCCUCUGGGCUCCUGCUCCUCAUGGCUGGCCAGCAGAGGGGCUGCCUGACUGACUUCCUCCUGCCCAGCUGGGACCCUGAGUCUUUGCCUCCCAUGUAGCAUGGGUGCCCUAAAUCUCGCGGGUCCCCUCAUCCAGGUGCUCUAUUUAUGAAGUCUACAGUUGAAUUUGAGCUGGCUCCUGAGUGGUCUAUGCUGUGUCACAUGUGAAUGGGCCAGAUGGGCAACUCAUCUUCUCUCACCCUGAGUUCCAGGGUUCUUCCUCAUCUCCCCUCUUCCAUGGGAUGUCUCACUUCCCACCACACAGGCCCCUGAUGCCUGCCCCAUUGCUUAGUCCCCUGUAGAGGGCCUACAGGGUUGGCCCCAAAUCAGAGCUGUGGUCCCAGUCCUCAGUCUAGGGAGGUACGCUUCAGGUAGGUGCUAACUCUGAUUCUUAUUUUAAUAAGUCUGACCCCUAGUUGGCCUGACCCCAGAUUCAGGCUUUCUCCCCUGGCCACACUGGUGGUCUGGCCCAUUUCCACGUAUGGUCAUCACUACUGUCUCCGGUUGUCUGUCUGCCCCCACCCCAACUCCUUCCCACAGGAGGACUGAUGGCCACCAACCCACUGGGUGGCUGUGGAUGAGGAUGAGUGACGGGGACACUUGUCCAGGAAAUGUGCCCGGCAGCUCUUGGUUACAGCACUGUUAAAUAAGCUCCAUCUGGGCGCUGCAGGCCCCUCCCUCCACGCAGCUUGGGAAGAGAUCACACUGUAUUAACCUGAGAGUGUUCCUCACCAAUAAUAAACGGAGACAACUUGAAUUCUCAGGCCCUAGCCAUGCCUCCUGGCCAGACAGCUCUGAUUCCCAGUGUGGCCCUGACGGGUUCCAGAUGGCUGUGUCAGUCAUGUCCCACAUUGCAAGCAUGGCUGCCCUUACUUUAGUCAUUGGUCAUUUGUGGGAAUCAAUAUAGACCCAGGGGUACGGGAUUCCUAUGUAUGUAAUUUGUAAAUGUUAACCCCUCACUACGCAGAUCAGAUUCAUAGUGAUUCUCCUGCUUUCAGCCUCCCAAGAGCUGGGGUUAUAGGUGC